AUGCUUUACAACUUUGCUCCGUCAGAAAAGGCUGUGUUGAGUUACACUUCUUGGUUUCCGCAGCUGUUGCUGAGCAUAUCUUCCCUCUGUCCCCUUCUCAACAGUCGGCACUCAAUGCGAUUGGAGCGAGGCUUCUCCCAUUUGACAAAAAGGAAAACAAAAGCCUUGGUCCCAACUCUACCAGAACACGAGGUAUAUACUCCUAGAAGUGAAGUUCCUUGCCUUGAUUGUGAAGUGCUCAUACCUUUGACUGGAAUUGCAGACCACAUCCUUGUUUGUAAUCCCUCCCCAAGUCCCUCUUCAUCAGCAGGAGGAGAAAAUGUUCAACAUGUUGUUGGUACUGGAGGUGAGGGCCCUAUCGGUGGUGCCGGAGUGGUGCUGGAAUCUUCUCGGCCUCAUGUACUAGUUGGAAUCGGGGGACAUGGAGAAACUGAAGGAGGGCCAGGAGUCGUUGUGAGGAGUCCACGACCAUUAGCUUACCUAGACCUAGACUAUGACGAACUAGAAGAAGAUCUCACCCUGUUACCAGCCAGUCAAUUACCAGUGGAAUCAGAGGAAACAAUUGAAGAGUCCGAAGUAAUUCAAUUAGACAGCCCACCUCAGGCUGGCAGUAGGAAUCAUCAAGAGGAUGCACAGAUUCGUCAAGAACAAGAUGUUGCCUUCAGGGAGAGUUUAAGGACAGAUCAAAGACGUGACUGGCAACAAGCCCUACAAGCCCAGCACGAUGUUAACAGUAGUGCGGAAGCUGUCGUUGACGAGCGGGAGCAAGAGCAACGUCAACAACAGAUAGAGCAGUGGUAUCAAACUAUCAGAUACGACUUGCGACAGAUGCUUCCACAAGAACCACCUGAGGGUGUUGCUGGAAAUAUCAGUGUUCGGGUAAGGCUUCCCAAUGGAGACAGGGUCACAAGGAGAUUCAACAGUUCUGAGAGAAUGGAGAGUAUAUUCAAUCUUGUCGGAAGUCAGGAGUGUGUAAAUCCUAGGCGCUUCCGAAUACUGUUGGCUGAUACAGCCAAUCCACGUGAAGUACCAAGACACAUUAACCAGUUGAUGACGGAAGCAGGAUUUUCUUCAUUCACUCUUGUGAUUGUUGAGAAUACGGAGGGUGCUACUCCAGAGGAUAUCCGUGGGAUUGAACCUGGUUUGGGAGUCAAUGUAGAAGAAGUAACCAUGACUGAGACAACUGAAGCCACUACUUCAGUGGAAGGUGUAAAUUCCAAAUCUGCUGCUGCAGCCACCAUGCAGUCACCCAAUGAUCUUGAGAAGGUGCGAAGCAAGCUGAGAUUGGAGUGUGCUUCCGCUCGAAGGAUUCAUCGAGCGAAAGUGAGCCGGGUUGACAUACUUACGGGCUUUGUUGACUUAUACGGCUGUAACCCUAAUCUUACCGAGAAUGAAAUCUGAAUAGAAUUCGAUGGCGAGAGGGGUCUUGACGGAGGGGGGUUAGUCAGAGAGGCGUAUGCUAUCUUUUGGGAAGCAUUUGAAAAAGAGUACCUCGAAGGUCGAGAACAAAAGGUUCCUGUUUGUUUUCCAAGACUAGUAAACGGCUAUUUCCAGAUAGGAAGAAUUUUGUCACAUGGUUAUGUUCUCACUGGAUAUUUUCCACUAUGUCUAUCUAAGCCUGUGGUACAAACAAUUUUGUCUGGAAAGCACCAGGACGUCAGUGACGAAGACCUUUUUGCCUCAUUUAUGAAGUACAUUGAUACAUUCGAAGAGCUUGCAGUAAGAGAGUGCUUGGAUAGGAAAUUCAAUCCCAGUGAGAGUGACGUCAUUUUGUCCAUGCUCGGACAAUUUAUGUGUCACUCCAAACCAACCAUUGACAACCUCCGUUCCAUUUUGCUCACUGUUUCACGGUAUGUUUUACUUGUCCAGCCGUUUUUUGCUCUAUCUGAGAUGAGAAGAGGUAUGCUUGUUGCUCACCCUCAACUUUGGACGUCCUGCAGCCACAGCUUAGCAGAAAGCUUAGUGUACCACCUCAGACCGACAUGUCAACGCGUAUGGGAUAUGUUUGUUGAGCCUGAUUUCCGAAACGUAUUGGAGCGGGACGGUCUUUGACUACUUGCGCAGAUUUGUGUACUCCUUGGAAUGUGAUGAUCUGGCCAAGUUGAUGAGAUUCAUUACUGGAAAUCCCCAAUGUGGAUUGCAGUCAAUUUCUGUGACAUUUAACUCAGAAAGUAAUGUUCUCAUGAGGCGUCCCACUAGCAGCACUUGCGGUAUGGUUUUACAUCUACCAGUCAGCUAUGUUUCGUUUUCUACAUUUACUGACGAAUUCAAGCACAUUCUCGAUAAUAGCGACAUGUGGCAGUUUGAUACUCUGUGAACUCAAAGACUUUUAAUUACUUAAACCUCAUUUAAUAACUUUGUGUUUGACCCCACUGAUCAUUAUCCAUCAAAAACUUUUCCUUUUAUAAAUUACUCCAGUGAUUUUCUAUAUCAAUCCAUAAAAUCAUUUUAUCAUAAUUAUAAUGUUCUCCUUUCUCCUUUCAUAAUCUGUCAGAAUGAA